AUGCCUAUUUCAUUCCCAAACCAGCUCCUCCAUGAGUACCAAGACAUCUUUCAAGGCAUAGGAAAACUCAAAGAUUUUCAAGUGAAGCUACACAUUGAUGAGUCAGUGCAACCUGUGACACAGCCACACAGGAGGAUUCCUUUCCACAUGAGAAAAAGAGUGGAAUCAGAAUUAAACCAGCUACAGGAAAAAGGAGUCAUCGAGAGAAUCAGUGGCCCAACGCCAUGGGUGUCUCCGAUAGUUGCUACACCAAAACCAAAGAACCCUGACAAAGUUCGCAUCUGUGUGGAUAUGCGCCUGCCGAACACAGCAAUACAGCGAGAGUGCCACAUCACACCAACGGUGGAUGACCUCAUCCACGACCUGAAUGGAGCUGUAGUAUUCUCCAAGCUGGAUCUGAAUGCUGGAUACCAUCAACUUGAGCUACAUCCAGAUUCAAGGUAUAUCACCACCUUCACUACACACACUGGCCUCUGGAGGUACACCAGACUGAACUUCGGCAUUAACUCUGCCGCUGAAGUGUUCCAAAAUGUCAUUCAAGGAGUGCUACAUGGCAUUCCCAACGUCAGGAACAUGAGUGAUGACAUCAUUGUGUAUGGGAAAACACAAGAAGAGCACAACAGUAGCCUCAAAGCUGUUUUUCAGAGACUGAGGGAGAAAAAUAUCACACUCAAUGCUGAUAAAUGUGAAUACAGUAAACCAGAGCUUGAGUUUUUUGGCUAUAUUUUCUCUGCAAAAGGCAUAUCUGCAGAUCCUAAAAAGAUCACUGCCAUCAAGAACCUUCCUCCACCCCAAAACGUAUCAGAGGUUCGUAGUCUGCUCGGGAUGAUAACAUACUGCUCACGUUUCAUUCAUGACUAUGCCACGAUCUCUGAACCGUUACGUCAACUAACAAAAAAAGACACUACUUGGUCAUGGGGACCACAACAACAGUCAGCAAUGGAGAGGCUAAAAUCAGAGCUGAUGGAAAACACUACAAUGGCUUACUUUGACCCAAGGAAGAAAUCCAAACUACUGGUUGAUGCCAGCCCUGUUGGUCUAGGUGCAAUACUCAGCCAGCACAGCCCUGACAAAGAGGGUAAUGACCACAUUGUUGCAUAUGCCAGCCGAGCACUCACACCAGUGGAACAGCGCUAUUCUCAAACAGAGAGAGAAGCUCUGGCAAUCCUCUGGGCAUGUGAACACUUCCACCUAUAUCUCUAUGGGUCACACUUCACGGUCAUCACAGAUCACAAACCGCUUGAACUGAUCUUCAACAACCCAAAAGCCACACCCCCAGCUCGGUUAGAACGCUGGCGGCUAAGACUACAACCAUACAGCUACAUUAUCAAGUACAAAGCUGGAAAAGAUAACCCGGCUGAUUACAUGUCCAGACAUCCUAUUGAGGGAAACAUACCAAGCAGAUCGUCUCGCAUGGCUGAGGAAUAUGUCAACUUUGUCAUCGACAAUGUUGUUCCAAAGGCAAUGACACUUGAAGAAGUUCAAACUGAAACAAAGAAUGAUCCUACAUUAUGUAAAGUGAUGCAUUUUUUGAGUGCAGGACACUGGAGACAUGCACCACAGGACUCAGACUACACUGAUUAUCCAAUGCUGAAAGCACUCUACCGCCUACGAAACGAACUGACAGUCAACGCUGAAGAGAAUGUCAUUCUCAGAGGAACACGACUUGUGCUACCUACCUCUCUCCAACAUAAGGCAAUAAGCCUAGCCCAUGACGGUCAUCUUGGCAUUGUUAAGACCAAACAACUGGUAAGAGAAAAGGUAUGGUUUCCAGGCAUAGAUGAAAUGGUGGAAAAGAUGAUAAAACACUGCAUACCAUGUCAAGCAGCAACCUCCCAGAAUCACAUGGAACCACUUAAUAUGUCUGAACUUCCCAAAGGUCCAUGGCAAAAUGUUUCUAUUGACUUUACAGGACCUUUCCCAUCAGGUGAUUACCUGCUUGUGGUUAUUGAUGAGUAUUCCAGGUUCCCCGAAGUUGAGAUAAUAAAGUCCACAGCAGCCACUACAGUGAUUCCCAAACUGGACAGAAUCUUCUCAUCCUAUGGUAUCCCCCAUGUGGUGAAAACAGAUAAUGGACCUCCAUUCAAUGGACAGCCAUUCAAAGAUUUCAGCCACUAUCUCGGAUUCAAACACAGAAAAAUAACACCGUAUUGGCCGAGAGCUAAUGCAGAAGCUGAACGCUUCAUGAAAACAUUGAAGAAAACAAUAACAGCCACACACACUGAAGGAAAACCAUGGAAACAGAACCUCUACAGUUUUCUUAGAAAUUACCGUGCAUCCCCACACGGUACUACACAGCUGACUCCUGCCGAGUUAAUGUUUGGGAGAAAACUCAACACCACUCUCCCCACUCUUCAUGUGACUCAACAUCACACACCUGACACCAAACUCCAAGAUAUUGAUCAGCGUGCCAAGCAGCGCAUGAAAGAGCAUGCCGACCGCAAAAACAGAGCUCGACCUUCGAUCCUCAAACCAGGUGACAUUGUGCUAUGCCGUCAGAAUAUCAAAGGCAAGCUCAUGACUCCUUAUAGAAGCAAACCUUACACCAUCGUGAAGAUCAGAGGAUCAAUGGUGACAGCAGCUCGCCCAGGACAUGAGAUAACACGAAACUCCUCACACUUCAAACUGCUCCCACCUUCAGUUCCUAUUGGAUCUGACUCAGGAAUGACUGACGAAGAGGAUGAUCUGGAUCUACAACUUCCUGACCCACCAGAUGAGGAAACUCAUCAGCUCCAAAAUGAGAAUAUCAACCCCGAAGGUCCUGUUCCAACCAGAUAUUCAAUCAGAACAAACAGGAGACCACCACAACGUCUCAUUGCUGAAAUAUGA